AUGCCACGACGAUCAUCCCGGCCUGAAGCCGCGUCGCCUGAGGCGCCUGUGGCGUCAAAGCGACGCGCUUCAGCUAGGCUGUCCGCCGCCGAACCGGAGGUCAAACGAGUUAAGUCCGACGCCGACUUGACCCUCCGCCAGGCAAAGUCGACAAGCAGCAAGAGCAAGUACUUCGCGACAGAAGACUCUGACGAGCCUAGUUCGGAGCCUGAUGACACCGGGGAUUCCGAUGACUCGGUAUACGAGGAAGCAAAACAUGAGUCUUCUGCCGACGAAGAGGAGCCGGAAGACCCCUCCGACAGCGAUGAGGACAGGAAGAAGAAACCCGUCACAAAAGGAAAGCAGCGGCAAAGCAUCAGCAACGAAAGCGACUCUAUGAAGGGCAAAGAGCUUUGGCGCGAGGGUGUCAGAGUGGGCCUUGAGCCGGGACAGGAGGUAAUCAUCGCCAAACCCAAGGCCCGAGCCGCGGGGAGCACUCCGUACGAGGAUGAGACGCUGCACCCCAACACCCGGUUGUUUUUGAUUGAUCUGGCGGAUAACAAUGACCGCCAAUGGAUGAAAGCGCAUGAUCCUGAUUACCGCGCGGCAAAAAAGGAUUUCGAGACGUUCAUCGAGUCCCUCACGCCGAAGAUCACGGAGAUCGACGCUACCGUCCCCGAACUUCCCGUCAAGGACUUGGUAUUUCGCGUCCACAGAGAUAUCCGCUUCAGCAAGAACCCACUCCCGUACAAGACACACUUCUCUGCUGCCUGGUCUCGGACUGGUAAGAAGGGGCCAUAUGCGGCAUAUUAUGUCCACUUCCAGCCAGGCUCUUGUUUCGUGGGAUGUGGACUUUGGAAUCCCGAGGCGGCGCCGCUUGCACUGCUUCGAGAGGAGAUCGAUGCGAACUCGGCUGGCUUGAAAGAGGUUCUGAGGGCGCCGGAAAUGCGUCGUUUGUUCCUGAAUGGUGCGGCCGAUGACGAUGAUGCGGUUGUGGACGCUUUUACACAUCAUAACAGGGAGUCGGCUCUCAAGACGAAACCCAAGGGUUACGACGCGGACAAUAAGAACAUCAAAUUGCUUCGACUACGCAGUUUUACUAUUGGGAAGCCGAUUUCUGACGAAGAACUCACUGGCGACGAUGCCCAGGAGAGGAUCGCUGCUUUGGUUGGGGUCAUGGAGCCUUUCGUAAGCCUCAAUUUUCCCAACCUAUUUCCCGCCGAUUUUGCCCCCUCUUGA